AGUCACGAUACUCGCCGCCGUAUCAUAUGAUAGCGAAAUGAGCAGAAUGAGAAACAUGGCGUACUCGUUGCUUUUGCGCUGGCAGUGCUUACGGUAAGCAGCGGUGUGGUAUCAUAGUGUGUCAACAUGUCACAGCCCCAAAUGGGCGACGAUGCUGGCAAUGGUUGGAUUCAACCGAUUCAACCGAGUCAACCGAGACCGGCUCUCUCAUGUCUUAUAUCCUUUUUCUCAUCACGAUGAGAGAAGUAUAUAAGAAGCUGCGACGUGCGUAGGUGAGGGUUGAAUACCACCCAUACGACCAUUAUCCCAACAAUCUACACACAUCGCUAGAGCUCACUCUUCUCUCCUCUCCUCACCAUGAUCGGCCUCAAAGAUAAACCCCAGUACAUCGACAUGGUCCCCGACUUCAAGCCUAUGCCGAAGUAUGGUCAUCUAUCUGAGAAGACGCCAGAGCUCCUGGACUCAGAAGAUGCCAUUAGCGCCGUCAUGGAGGCGCUCUGGGCAUUGCCUGACAUGGCUGCUAUCCGCCAAGCGGCCGGCGACGCAGACGCUGCUAUGCCCCCUGGGGGUCCUGAUCGAUACCGCGAAGUGAAGACCGAGUUCUUGCAUUUUCCGGCCCGUGAUGGACACCUGGUCGAGUUAAAGGUCUACAAAUCUCCCCACGUUGCGGCGGACGCGACACUCAUGUAUUCUAUGCACGGUGGUGGCAUGUGUGUUGGAACGCACGAAACACAGGGCGCUGAGAACGUUUAUGCUGCUAUCAACCGCAACAUCGUUGUCGUCAGUGUAGAUUAUAGACUGGCACCCGAGCACCCUUUCCCAACACCAAUUGAGGAUUGCUACGAUGGGCUCCUAUGGUGCAAGGAAAACGCGAAAACUCUUGGCAUCAACCCCGAGAAGAUCAUCGUCGCAGGAAGCAGCGCCGGUGGGAAACUGGCUGCCAUUCUGCCAAUCAUCGCCAGAGACAAUGGAACUUCCGGCAUCAUCGCCCAAGUGCUCCAUUUCCCAGCAUUAUGCCACCCAAAGUUCUUCCCGCGCGACAAGUACGAGUUCGGCAGUUACAUCCAGAACGCAGAGAGCUGCGUCCUGAAUAUCCGCCAAUUCGAGACUUUUCUCGACUUCCAUUCACCUAACCCCACACCAGACUACAAGCACUCGCCUCUGCUUGCCCCCUCGUUAGCAGGACUUCCGCCAGCGUUGAUCCAAUCCGCAGGUGUUGACAUCCUCCGUGACGAAAGCUUCGCUUACGCCGACGCUCUCGCGGCAGCCGGCGUAGACGUCGAGAUACACUGCUACAAAGGCGUGCCGCAUUGUUUUCCCGGUCUCAUGACCAGGCACCCUCACACACCGGUAUUCUACGAGAGGUACAAUGCCUUUCUGAAGAAGCAUGCGACUAGCUCAAACUCGGACUCCCUCGUUUAAAGAAAAAACAAACGUGUAAUGAUUCCCAUACUUCGCAGAAGAAGAAAUUGCUACGGCAAGGGCAUGCUUCACACCUUGGAAAUUGAAUCUAACGACGGCUAUGAUCAAGAGCAGGGCUAAAUAGGCAGUUAUCGGGCUAUCUACAGUUGCCAGUCAUCUGGAGCCAUGUUAGCUACACUAUAAUUACACCGAAUAUAUAUAUAUAUAUAGCACGUUCUGUAGCAUGUAGUAUUCGAUGAUUUCAG